ACAAAUACAGAAUGUGACCACAUUUUGGUUAGUGGUAAAAUACUCUGUAGUAUUUUUGCAUGACGCACUAACGUCCGCUCUUAACGCAGUAGUGGGAAGUGGGGGGAGCAACAUCACCCAUAAAGGGAAACGAGCUUGUGAUCUUCAUUUCACAACCUGCGAGACGAGCCAUGGACAAAUUUAAACUACUGAGCAGUUUCGUCCAGAAACAGCAGACCACCCUGGGCUUCAGCUUGGUGGCCUUGCUGACGGCGGGUGGAGAGCAGAUUUUCUCGACCGUGGUUUUUAGAUGUCCCUGUAAUUCCUGGAAUUUAGUGUACGGGAGCGUGUUCCUCUUCGUUCCUGCCCUCGUGCUUCUUGCCCUCGGAUACAUUAUAAACAACAAGACCUGGAGGCUGUUCACGGGUUUAUGCAAAGGCGCACAGCAACAGUGCCACUUCAAGCAGGCUUUGACCCGAUGGCAAGUGUUCCUGCAGAUCUCCAUCAGCGCGGUGGUCGCCCCCGUCAGCUGGAUCGCAGUGGCGCUUCUCAACGGCGUUUACUUCGAGUGUACCCUGACUGGGGUGAACGCGACCCUUUUCAGGGAACACCUCUGUUCCGGGAAAACGAAGGCUUGUCUGGAGGAGCUCAACUUAUUCCCCUGUGGGAAAGGUUCUGUGCCCGCGGCCGAGCGUGAUGAUGUGCUGCUCGGCAUUCGUGCGGAGUCACAGGUUUUAGGCUGGCUGCUGAUUGCUGCCGUCACUGUGUUUGGCCUCCUGUUCACCUGUGUGGCCAAGUGCAAAUCCCCGGUGAGCUACCUGCAGCUGAAGUUCUGGCAGGAGUACACCAACAAGGAGAGCUCUCUCUUGGAGAAGCACAUGGCGCAGAAUGCGGAGUGCCUGGCCGAGAGGAACCUCAAGAGCUUCUUCCAGCAGACGCCCCCAGAACCUGUGCUGACGCCUUCUAAUAAAGCCUGGCAGAAGAUCUCCUCCCUGUACAGUUUUAGCACCAAGCAUCAAAACUACAGCCUUCUGCAGAAGUAUGUGGAGACGGCGCACGGUGACAAGUGCAUGUCCCAGAAGUCGGACCCCGGAGAGCCCGCCCCUGCAGCGCUUGGCUUCGUGGAUGAAGGAAAGACAAUGUUUUAAAGGCCUGCGGGAUAAGUUAAACUAAACAAUCAGCUGAAAAGGGCUACGCUUUUUAUAAUCAGAGAUAAGGUAUUUUUUUAUAGGUCUAGCUUUAUAGUUUUUCAUAGAUUUAAAUCAAUUGUGUGGUUGCGCAACUGAAUCAAAAAAUGUAAUUACACAACUCAUGUAUAACUUGCAAAGUAAACAUGGAAGUAUAGAUGUGAAAAACAAAUAAUGAUGGAGUUUGAUGAUUUAAAUGUCAAAAGAGAGGACCAUCUCUGUGACUCUGGUUUUACUGGGUUUCAUGGAUGGUAACUUUAAACAUAAUAAACAGGAAAUGAGAUAUA